AUGUUCUCCAACCUAUGUCCCCUGAGCUAUGACAGGUUCUCCAACCUAUGUCCCCUGAGCUAUGACAGGUUCUCCAACCUAUGUCCCCUGAGCUAUGACAGGUUCUCCAACCUAUGUCUCCUGAGCUAUGACAGGUUCUCCAACCUAUGUCCCCUGAGCUAUGACAGGUUCUCCAACCUAUGUCCCCUGAGCUAUGACAGGUUCUCCAACCUAUGUCUCCUGAGCUAUGACAGGUUCUCCAACCUAUGUCCCCUGAGCUAUGACAGGUUCUACAACCCAUGUCCCCUGAGCUAUGACAGGUUCUCCAACCUAUGUCCCCUGAGCUAUGACAGGUUCUCCAACCUAUGUCCCCUGAGCUAUGACAGGUUCUCCAACCUAUGUCCCCUGAGCUAUGACAGGUUCUCCAACCUAUGUCCCCUGAGCUAUGACAGGUUCUCCAACCUAUGUCUCCUGAGCUAUGACAGGUUCUCCAACCUAUGUCCCCUGAGCUAUGACUGGUUCUCCAACCUAUGUCCCCUGAGCUAUGACAGGUUCUCCAACCUAUGUCUCCUGAGCUAUGACAGGUUCUACAACCCAUGUUCCCUGAGCUAUGACAGGUUCUCCAACCUAUGUCCCCUGAGCUAUGACAGGUUCUCCAACCUAUGUCCCCUGAGCUAUGACAGGUUCUCCAACCUAUGUCCCCUGAGCUAUGACAGGUUCUCCAACCUAUGUCCCCUGAGCUAUGACAGGUUCUCCAACCUAUGUCUCCUGAGCUAUGACAGGUUCUCCAACCUAUGCCCACUGAGCUAUGACAGGUUCAAGUACUGUUCAAUAUUUUAA